AAAUAAUAAAUAACAAAUAACAAUUAAAUAUGAAAUAAUAUUGACUAUUCUAUUAUUAUAAUAUUCAUUAUUCUAUUAUCUUUACAAUCAACUAUUGAAUUCAGCCGCGGAAGCCUCUUUUCUGAUUUUGGAUCGAUAGUUCAAUUACCACUUUCAAUAAGCAAUAGCUAAUUACUAUAAUAGGUAGUGUUUAUUUCAAACCCACGUCUUACGGUAAUUAAUUAUUACUUUGAAAUACAAACGUGUUCAGGUUCAUAAGGUGUGAAAUUAGGAAAAGUGGACUGACUAAUCUAUAAGUAGACAUUACAACGAAUCCAAACAGUUUUAAAAACUAUUAUCACAUUACUAGAUUGAUCAGUAUGAUGGAAGAAAUAUUGGUAUGUUUUGGCUAAAAUAACUGUCCGCCGAUCCCUGGGGAGCAAAUACUGGUAACUGUCGAGAUUUGAUGGUAAAUAAUGGAAUCAUUAAUUUUGGAAGAUUUAAGAAGUUUAGGAAAAUCCAUUUCUGUUAAAGAAUUUAGAAAAUCAAUUAAUGGUGGACCAAAAUCCAUCAAGUAUACUCAAUUAGUUGAAUGGAUAACCAAAGAAAUUCAGAUACUAUUGGGACUUGAAGAACAUGUAAAUUCUAUUAGCUCCGAAGCAGAUUCUAGUUCAUUCUUAUUGGAAGUUAGUAGUUUCUUAAAAGAAUCUGGUUGUUCUUAUAACACUCUUAUUGAUGGCCACUUUGAAAAUCGUUUAAAUUCAGAUGAAAACAAGUUACUUUUAUUAGAUUAUUUGAUUGGUGAAUUAAGAGCAUCUCGAAUAAUAAAUGCUAGCACUACUAAUACCAAAUGUAAUAUGCAAGUGACACUGAUUGAGAGCAAUACAUCUAAAUAUGUUAAAGAGAUUUUAAUGACUUUAAAAUUUCCUAAGCCACCACAAAAUAUUAACACUUCUUCUUUAUUCAACAAAGUUAAUACAAAAUUGCAAGAUCUUCUAAAAACUGUUCCACCUGCAUUAAUUGGAAAGUCGUUAGUUUGUAAUUCAUAUACUAGUGAACAAUGGAAAUACAUUAAUACAAGUAUAGAACUUCUUAAUGAAGAAUUUAACAUACGAAGCAAAAUGUUGUUAACGAGACUCGACGUAACAGUACAAUCAUUUAAAUGGCCUGACAGACUAAAAAAUAAAAAGCAAAAAUUGGAAGAAAUUUACCAAACUAAAUUAAAUCUAAUAAACAAAUUACCUAAUUUUUGUACAUCUGAUUUUCUGUUGGCUAGAGAUGAUUUAGCAAUUGUUGAAAAAACUUCUAGUAUGUUGGCUGUACAAAAUACAAAUUCAUCAGUUAAUAAAGUUAUGAUUGGUCAAGUACCUGAUAGAGGUGGAAGACCAAAUGAACAACAAGCACCACCUCCUGAGAUGCCUAGUUGGCAGCAAAGAACACAAUCACAAGGAGGUAGAGGUGGCCAAUCAAAUAGAGGAAGUCAGUCAAAUAGAGGUGUACAGUUUAACAGUAGAGGUCAAGGUGGAAGCCCACAAAAUAGAGACAACCAAUCAUAUAGAAACUCUGACAUUGGUGGUUUUCAAGGUGGAUCUAAUGUUUACCAGAUGACUGAUGGAUUUCAAUCAAUCAGUGUUGGCAAUGAAAGCAGAAAUUUUCAUCAAAAUAAUAGACGAGGGCGAGUGCAAGGUGGCUGGAACAAUAAUCAGUCCAGGGACUUCCAUGGUAGCAAUCAUGAAGGGCAGAGUAGAACGUAUGAUAAUUACAAUCAAGGUACCUAUCAAAACAAAGGAUAUGAUAAUAAUAGAUUCCAAGGUAUACCAAAUGAAAGACAGCGGAGCCAAGAUCCUCAGAAUUAUUAUGGCAAUAGCCAAGAUCCUCAGAAUUAUUAUGGCAAUAGUCAAGAUCAGUAUGGUGGUAAUAAUAGAGAGUAUACUAGACAUGAUUCUGCAGAUGUAAAUAGACGUGGUUACUCCAAAAGAGGUAGAGGUCAUAAUGGACAAACAUAUUACAAUCAACAGAGAAAUAACUAAACUGAUUGAUUAGGUAACAUAUUGUAAUAAUCAUAAAGUUACUUUCUUGUUUAUAACUGAACUAAACUAAACUAUUAAUUCAAAGUAUAUGAUUAGGUAUAUAUUCAAUAUUCUUAAAAAUAAAUCAUAUAAUCAAAAAAUGAA